AGCAGCCAAAAUAGUAUUACUGUUAAGUUAAUAGUGGUGUGGUACAAGAAAACGCCUUAAAAAAAUGGCUGUUCCGGUGAUCGACUUGUCAGAACUUGAAGGCGAGGACAGGGCGGCAACAAUGGCGGAGAUAGCCGUUGCUUGCGAGGAGUGGGGCUUCUUCCAGUUGGUGAACCAUGGCAUUCCGUUAGAUCUUCUUGAUCGAGUUAAGAAGGUUUGUUCGGAGUGUUAUAGGGCGGAGAGAGAGGAUGGUUUCAAGGAUUCCAUGGUUGUUCAGCUUCUCAAUGACUUCAUCGACAGUGGAGAAGUUGGCAAGACAUUGAAAGAUGUCGAUUGGGAAGACGUUUUUCUCUUGCAGGAUGACAACCACUGGCCAUCCAACCCACUUCAGUUCAAGGAGACGAUGAAAGAAUACCGAUCAGAGCUGAAGAAGCUGGCAGAGAAAAUGCUGAACAUUAUAGAAGAAAACCUCGGCCUCAGCAAAGGGUACAUCAAACAGACCUUCUCAGGAAACGGGCGAUACAAUCCCUUCUUCGGAACAAAAGUAAGCCACUACCCGCCCUGCCCGCGUCCGGACCGCGUCAGCGGCGUUCGGGAACACACCGACGCGGGAGGACUCAUCCUCCUCUUCCAAGAUGAAAAGGUCGGCGGCCUUCAAGUGCUAAAGAACGGGCGGUGGAUGGAGGUGCAGCCACUCGCCAACGCCAUCGUCAUAAACACCGGAGACCAGAUAGAGGUGAUAAGCAACGGCCGGCGGUGAUCGAGCCGGCGGUGCUUGGCGGCGGCGAAGUAAGCAAAGGGUAUCCGAGGUUUCUGUUUGGGGAUUAUAUGGAGGUUUAUGCCAAUCAAAAGUUUACGGAAAAGGAGCUCAGGUUUCGGACUAUGGGGAUUAAUUAAUGGUUGUCUCUAUAAAUAUAUGUAUGUAAGAUGUCAUCUAAGUAGUUAUUUAAUUAAUAAGCUAAUUUGCUUGACCACCAUGCAUGGAUCUUGUUUUAAAUGAUGUAAACCAUGCUUGUUAAUUGUUAUUAUAAAAUUAAGCUUGUUAAUUAAA